CCCGCCGCGGUUGUUCUUGGAGCCGUCGCAGUUUCUCCUCCCCGCCGUCAGGGGUCGCUCCGCCGCCCUCCCCUCCCCCGGCUCCUGUCCAUGCGCUCCGCCCCACAUCCGCCGUCAUGGCGGCGGUGCUGUACCGGCUGCUCCCGUUCCGCGCUCCGGUUCAGUGCCGUUCCUGCGGUGCCGAGCCGGGCAGUGGCUGGGCGGCGCUGCGGCCCCGCUCGUACUGGCAGACUUUGCGCCGCCGGCUCCGUGGUCCCGCCCGCCCGCCGUUCUCGGAGCCGAUCCAGGUGGGCGCCCCGGUGCUUCGCGCCGCCGCCGCCGCCGUGAGCCGGGACCAGCUGGGCGGCCCCGAGCUGCGGGCGCUGGUGUCGGCGCUGUGCGCGGGGCUCCGGGCCGGGCCGUGCGUGGGGCUGAGCGCUCCGCAGCUCGGGCUGCCGCUCCGGGUGUUCGCCGCGUCGCUGCCGCCCGAGCGCUGCCGCCGUUACCCCGCCCCGCUGCGCCGCGCGCUGCGCAUCGAGCCCUUCCCGCUGCGCGUCCUCGUCAACCCCGAGAUGCGCGUGUUGGACGCGCGCACCGUCACCGCGCCCGAGGGCUGCGCCAGCGUCCGCGGCUUCUCCGCCUGCGUCCCGCGGCACUGGGCCGUGCACGUCACCGGGGUGGAUGAGAACGGGGACCCGGUGAGCUGGGAGGCGACCGGCUGGGCCGCCCGCAUCGUGCAGCACGAGAUGGACCACCUGGACGGCGUGCUCUACAUCGACCGCAUGGACAGCCGCACCUUCGCCAACACCGCCUGGAGUCAGCUCCUCGACUGAGCCCCGGCACCGCGGGGUACGGCACCGCUGUACGGCACCACGGGGUACGGCACCACGGGAUGCGGCCCCCACCUGCCCCUCGGAGCCGCUUUUCUAUCCGGGAAUGGGGCUGUGCAGGCGGGGGCUGCCCGUCUCCUGUAGCACCUGGACCGCGGGAGGGGCUGGGGCUGGGAGCUGCCGGGCAUGGAAGGAAACGAGGAGGGACCCAGAUCCCAGCGGCCCUUCUAGAACGUGCUGCUUGUGGGGCAAAGGCUGCUCAGUGCACUGCACCUGCAGCAAAGGGCUGUGGGUGUGGGGGGGGUAUCCCUAACACUGGGCCCCUCCGCAGUCCCAAAGCCUUGCUGUGCCGUGCAGUGGGCAGGCACUGGGUGAAGCUUUCAGAUUGUUUUAUUUUCAUAUAAACAAGACAGAACCCAAAGCAGCAUUAAUUUAAAAAAUAAAAAAAAAGAAAAAAGAG